UUCUCCGAAUUCUGUGUUGGAAACAUGUACACUUUUUAGAGGCGCUAUGUAUUUUGUUAAAGACAAUCUGCAUGGAAUAAGGAUCUAAGAACAAAUUUUCUACCGACAAAAUAUUAUUGUAACGAUACUUGCAUAAACAAAUCACUUAUAAUUCUAUACAAAGUGACAAAAUAUUACCUGAUUUAAACAGACAAACAAGAUGGCAGCGGCAGCUUUAUCAGAAGAGGAAGAAAAUUAUGUUAGAAUGAGCUUAUUACUGACAGGUAUUUCUCCACGUGCAGCAAGAGCUUUGUUUGAUGGCGAAUAUGCUCCACAAUGUCUCGAAGCCUCAAUAAAGAAGGAGUAUAACAAAUUGAGAGACCUUAAAUUAAAAAACAGAAUAAACCAGUCUCAGUGGAAUCUCUUGUUCCCAAGAUAUCCUGAUGUCCCAGAUUCAAAAACAUUUGAUAUCACUUUGAUGAUAACAUUACUUCGAAAUCUGACUCCCAUGAUUCCUCCUGCUGGUGGAUAUGACCAAUUACCAGCAACUACAGAGACCACACCAGGAGCUGAUUUGGCAAGAAUAAAAUAUUACAGGAACUUCUUAGCUCAUCUUGAUGAUGGUAAAAUAGACAUCACAUUCUUCAAUACUGCCUGGGACGAUAUCUCUGGUGCCAUUGAUAGAUUAGGAGGACGUAUUAUGAAAAAUGAAUGUGAUCAUUUGAAAACCAAACCUUUGGAUCAGACCAAUCAAGAAAUAAUGAUUGAAAUCAAACAUUCCAAUGAUGAAAUCAGGGAAUUAAAAGGGUCAUUGGAAAGUUUAAAGUUGUCUCAUAUAGAAAUGAAGAGAACCCAUGAUUCAUUACAAAAAGAUUACGAUGAAGGGAAAAAAGUCCAUUCACUGCUAAAAGAAGAUCAUGAAAGAGUAAAAAAAUCUCAUGCAUUGCUACAAGAAAAGGUGGAGAAUUAUCAACAGGAUACAGUGCCUUGGAAUGUUAGAGCACAAAUAAAAAAAGAUCUUGAAAAAUGGAAAAACAAGGAGAAAAUGUUUGUCAACACAAGAGCUGCCCUGCAAGUACUGAAUGCUAUACAGAAGAAUAGUUGUGUAACCAUAACAGCUAGUUCUGGCGUGGGCAAGACUGCCAUCCUCCAACACGUUGCUUUACAAAUGGGUGCAGAUGGAUACGACAUACUUAUAGUUACAGAUCCAGGUGAUAUUGCCAAAUACUACAAUCCAAACCAGAAAACAUUGUUUGUUGUUGAUGAUUUAUGUGGGAACUUUUCUUUACACCAGACUGAUAUCAAACUUUGGGAACCAGUAAUUGGGCGUAUAAACGAGGUUCUAAAAGAUAAACAAACAAAAAUAAUUGUAGCAUGUAGAUUACAAGUGUUCCAGGAUGACAAGUUUGACACCCUUUCUAUCUUUAAGUCAUGUGUUUGCAAUUUGUUAUCAGAUAACAUGUGCUUGUUAACAACUGAAAAACAUUCAAUAGCUGAGCUAUACCUCACCAAUAAAGCAAACCAGGUUACAGAUUAUUAUGAUUUGUACGAUUGUUUUCCACUUUUAUGUCAAUUGUAUUAUGAAAAUCCUACACAUGAUAUAAAACAUUUUUUUCAGAAUCCUUUUUCAGUUUAUGAAGCACAGGUUGACCAGCUACAUAAGAAAGGGUUUUUUGGUAAAUUCUGCGUCUUGGCUUUAUGUGUCAUGUUCAAUAAUAAGGUGGAUGAAGACAUAUUAACGGAAGAGAUUGACGAAAAUAUAAAAACUGUCAUUGCGAACACGUGUGAGGCGUGUAAACUGGAUAGAGGGACAUCAAGACUUAUUUUAAAGGAUGAACUGGAAUCACUUUUAAAUACAUUAUUAAGGAAACAAAUCAUUACAUAUCUAUCUAGAAAAACCGAUACAGUCAUGGUUGAUGACGAAGGUAAAACAGACCGCACAAUAGAAAAACAUACAAAUGUAUUAAAAACAAAAAGCUUCUAUACAGCUAUACAUGAUAAAAUUUUUGACUUUUUAGCAACAUACUUUGGAAAAAAGAUUAUCGCUUGUUUGAUCAAAAAUGCUGACAACCGUUUGAUUCAGGAAAGAUUUUUGCUUGAAGGAAAAAAGGACACGGAUCAGUUUAUCACAAUUGUUCCCUCAAAGUAUCAUCAAAUGUACAUGCAGAGAAUUAUUGAUGACUGGUCCAAGGGAAAACUACAAGAUGUAUUUAAUAAUAGCAACAUGAAGAUACAUCAGUUCAGAGAGAGAUUCCUGGUUUAUUUGAAUGAACUGGAUGUAUUUUACCAAAAACAAUUAGUGCAUACCGAUGAUGCUAGGUACAAUAAAGCUUUGCGCAUGCUUUAUAUUCAGCCUUAUGAUAGUGAUGUUGUAUGUGACAAUGUCAUGUUAUAUUGUUGUUCGAUUGGAGACAUACCAAUGAUUCAAUGGUGUUGCAAUCAUGGUGUUGAUGUUAACCGAUUAGGGAUUAAUGGUCAAUCACCCAUUACAAUUGCUUGUAGAUACGGUCAUACAGAAGUAAUAAGAAUGUUGUUAGACAAAGGAGCAGAUUAUAAUAAAUGUAUCAAUCAUGGUUGGUCACCUUUAAUGAUGGCUUGUAGAUAUGGCUGUACAGAAAUAGUCAAGAUUUUGCUAGAUAUAGGAGCAGAUUAUAAUAAAUGUGACAAUCGAGGUGAGUCAUCUUUAAUGAUUGCAUGUAAAAAUGGUCAAAAAGAAGUAGCAAGGAUGUUGUUAAACAAAGAGAUAGAUAUCAAAGGUGACAAUUAUGAUGAAACAUCUCUUAUGGUGGCUUGUAGAUAUGGCCAUACAGGCGAAGUAGGUGUGUUGUUAGACAAUGGAGCCGAUUAUCAUAAAUGUAACGAAAAGGGUCAGUCUCCUAUAAUGGUAUCUUGUGUAUAUGGGGACACAGAAAUAGUACGAAUGUUGUUAGACAAAGGUGCAGAUCAUAAUGAAUGUGACAAUUGUGGUCUGACACCUUUAAUGAAUGCUUGCCGUUAUAAUAAUACGGAAAUCGUAAGAAUGUUAUUAGACAAAGGAGCAGAUUAUAACAAAUGUGACAAUCAUAAUGAGUCAUCUGUAAUGAUUGCUUGUAAAUAUGGUAACAAUAAAAUAGUAAGGAUGUUAUUAGACGAGGGAGCAGAUUUUAAUGAGUGUGAUGAAAGUGGUCAGUCACCUGUAAUGGUGGCUUGUAUAAAGGGUGACACAGAAAUAGUAAGGAUGUUGUUAGACAAAGGAGCAGAUUUUAAUAAAUGUAACAAAGUUGGUGAGUCACCUGUAAGGUUUGCUUGUAGACAUGGUCAUAAAGAAAUAGUAUCGAUGUUGCUGGACAGAGGGGUAGAUUAUAAACAAUGUGACAAACAUGGCACUUCACUUUUACAGACUGCGUUUUUAAAAGCGAAUUUACAAAUAGUGGAAAUGUUGUUAGCUAAGGGAGCAGAUUGUGAUAAUUGAGACAACUUGAAACUUUUGCUGUAAAUUCUAAUCGGGGCCAUAUUGGGAUAUUUUCUAACGUAAUCCUCUGGUCUGUCACCUAUAACUUGUUUCGAAAAUGGAUCAGUCCAAGAAAUGAAAAGAUACAACGAACAGUUUGUCUAGGCUUUAAAUAAUAUUGAUUAAUAUCUUUUGAUAAUAAGUUCUAAUAAUAAGUUGCAUAUUUUGUUUUAGGUAUAUGGAUUUUUCGUCUUGUUUGAGAUAUAUAUUGCCGACUGCGAGAUAUAAAGACCUUUAUUCAACAGCAGCGUUUUAUAAAUCUUUGAAUCCAGGUAGAAAAUCUGGAUUUGUCAUACCUUAAAUAA